AUGUCACGCUUCAUUCGAAUAUUUGUUACAAUAUGUACAAUUUGGCUAGCAGCAGGUCAAAAUUGUACCAUCGAGAAGCCAUAUUCUGAAGAAUGUAUUCGUGAAUGUGUAAAUGCUUUACAUGACAAGAAAUGUUGUUCGGUUUGUGACAUUCAGUUGAAAAACAUCGAUGUCAAUAGAGGAAAUUUAAUGCAGAUUGAAACGCGACUUCGAAGCCGCAUUUAUUUAUUGGAAUUAUGUUUAGCGUGUGAAAAUGAAGAGUGGCAUAGAGAAGAGGAUAACGGGUGUCAAAAUUUCACACAACUUUUUCAUGAUUCCGGAUUAGAGUGGUGCUUUGAAGCACUUUAUCCAAACGAACAGAUCAAAGCAAAUGAAUUGACACAGUUGCAAAAAUUGAGUCGUAUAACAAGAAGGAUACCUUAUCCGAGUGCUAAAAGAAAUGUAACUAUUACGACAGAUUCGACUCCUGAAGAUUAUACACCGGCCCUCGCACUUUGUCGUAGAAAUUGUGGUAAAAAUCAUUAA